GAAAGUCUCAGGUCUAACGACGCAAUUCUGGCAAAUGACAAAUCGAUUCAAAAUCUAGACCAACGGAAGCUACUUUUAUCUGAGAAUCUAAAAUCUGAGAAAACGGAUUCAUCAUCUACAAAACCGGAUCACUCAAAGGAACAUGACAUGCCAUCUGCAGCUGAGGCUCUGAAGUACAUUGAACACCUUAUAUCUUCUACGCUAUUUGAUCUAUCAAAGAAUGCAUCGGCUUUAAAGAACCUCCAGAUAGUGUCCAAAGCAGAAAACAUAAUUGUGCCUUUGGAAGACGAGGUUGACUCCAAAUGCCGUUCUUUACCUAAUGGUGCUUUUAUAAGAGAUCCAAAUCUCUGUGCUAAGUUUUAUGUGUGCUCCAAUGGGCGUGCCAUACCUCACAGCUGCCCGAAUGUUCUCUAUUUCGACAUCAAAAAGAAGGUCUGCAAUUUCCCCAGCCUGGUGGACUGUACAAGCGGAGACGAGGAAUUUAGUACAGCUCCAAGUAAUCUUUUAAGCCCGAACGGUGAUUCUCCAUCCGAACCGGAUGAUUCGCCGAUUCCAGAUUGUAGUUUAUUCCCAAAUGGCGAAUAUAUUAGGCAUCCAAGAUCAUGUAGCAAAUUUUAUGUCUGCGCUAAUGGAAAGGCCAUUCCUAGACAGUGCCCUAAAGGUCUCUACAUAGACACUGAGAUAAAAUAUUGCAAUUAUCCCAUUCGCGUGAAAUGCAAGAUCGAUGAUGCAAAUAGCCCAAGUGGUUCAGUCAUUACAGGCACGGCGGUUAACUGUACCAAUAAGAGAGAUGGAACCACUAUGCGGGACUCUGAGAUCCACAAUAAGUAUUACGUUUGUCGAAACGGUACUCCAGUUACCCAUUUCUGUGACCCAGGGAAAUGGUUUGACCUUAAUCGAGGCGUCUGUGUCCAGAAGCAGUUGGUCGACAACGACCCAUUAGUGCCCUGGCUAUAAUUUCUUUAAUGAAGUAAUAGAAAAUAUAAAGAUAUAUGUAUAUAAGAGGUGUAGGGUUUUGCUAUAUGGAUAUGUUUAGGCUGCGAUAUAGUUAUGUAAGCAUAUAUAUUAUAUAUAUUAUAUUUGGCUAGGCUGUUAUAUAUAAACAUAUAUAUCAAACGAUCGAAAGAGCAAUACAGUUUCCGCAUUUUAUUGCAAGGUAAUAAAUCAUAUUCUAACAUGAUGA